AAAGCCCUUUAUAAAAUCCCAAUUUCAUAGAAACCCCACCACCACCACACACCCCAACAAAACAAAACAACAAUGGUCACCCUGCACCCUCUUCAAGUUCUCUCAGCAAAGUCACCAUCUUCAACCUUAAGCUCCAUGAAGAUCAAAACCCUUAUCCACACUCUCAUUAUCUCACACGUGUGCCGGAUCGUUCGAGCUCUCUCCAAAGCAAAAACCAUUGUUGUUCAGAUUCUUAAAGAAACCCAGCCGAUAAACUUCAUUUGCUCCACAAAGGAAACCAAGAGGAAGCACAGGCAAAGGAAGGUUUUUUUUGGGUCGUUUAGAUUGCAUUACAACUGGUGCUCUUCCCAUGUCUUGCCGGUGCAGGAACCGGUGGUCUUCGUUGAUGGGUUUCCUUCUGGUUCUCAUUUGUAUUAUGAUUCAACGUGGAAUUCAGUAAUUACAACUGAGGAAACUCCAGAGUCUCAGCUUUCUGGGUACCUUCAUUGGCUGGAAGAUCAGAAGGCUCAAGAUCUUAAGUCCAAGAAUGAUGAGGUUGAUGUGAAUGAGAUCGAUCGUUUAGCAGAUAUGUUCAUUGCGAGCUGCCAUGAAAAGUUCAAGCUGGAGAAGCAAGAGUCCUACAGGAGAUUCCAGGAGAUGAUGGCUAGAAGCAUGUGAAUGUGAUUUCUUUCUUUUUGGCUUUUCAUUCUUCUAUGUUAAUUAAUUGAGGGCUAAUUUUAUUUUAAUUUUCUUUGAAUUUUAUACUUUAUUUUGAGGUGAUGGGUCUAGAGAAUUGUACAUGAUGGGGGAUUUUACAGGGGGAGAUUACUGAGUAGAGAAGGUCAUUGUGCAAUUCUUAUCUUGAAAUGGGUUUGCAAUGGUAGAAUUGUGUUUUUUUCUCUUUUUUUUUUUUUAAAAAAAAAUCCCAAUUUUUUUUCCUAAUAAUUGAUUUACCUAAAUCAAACAAAAAUGCCAUUAAUAGUAUCUU